UACACUCUCUCUCUAAAACUCGAUACAGAAAGAAAAAAAAAAAACUUUCUCCACUCUGUAAGAAAAAAGAAAGAAAGAUGGCAGCUUUCUCUUCGUUCCAACAGUAUCAUCCUUUUCUGCUAGACCCUCUUCUCUUACCUUCGUCUAACAUCACCCCCCCCGCCAUUAACGCUCCUCCUUUCAAGCUCUCCUCCAUUUUCGCCAACCUCGACAACAAUGAUGCACUCCCCGACAGCACCACCCCGAACUUUGAAUCCAACCCAUUUUGUAAUAACAUCAAUACCGCCGAUGAUUCUCUUGAUCAAGUGGCUUUGGUGGCUACGGUUGAUGAAGUACUUAGCCAAGAAAACGAAUCCUCUGGUCCCAAGAGACAUAGCACCACCACCACCACCACCACCGAAUCUUCCGCCGCCGCCGCCACCGUCGGCCACCGUCGGAGGAAGCCGGGAAACCGGUCUAUCAAUUCCAAGGAGGAAAAAGAGGGUGGGAAAAGCAAGAGGCAGAAGAAGGGGGGCGAGGAAGAGAAGGAUAAGAAAGCGAGCGAAGAGCCUCCAAAAGAUUACAUUCAUGUUAGGGCAAGAAGAGGCCAAGCUACUGACAGCCACAGCCUCGCUGAAAGGGUGAGAAGGGAGAAGAUCAGUGAGAGGAUGAGGAUUCUGCAAAAACUUGUUCCUGGUUGUGAUAAGGUGACAGGGAAGGCCCUUAUGUUGGAUGAGAUAAUAAACUAUGUCCAGUCCCUGCAGAAUCAAGUUGAGUUUCUGUCUAUGAAGCUAGCUUCUAUGAGCCCUGUGGUUUAUGACUUUGGCGUGGACCUUGACACCUUCAUGGUCAGACCAGAGAUGGGGCUCACAGAGGCUUUUACUGAAGCAAUGCCAACCACUACAACUCCUCUAUUCCCUAAUUCUCUAUUGCACCCACACCUCCCUCUCUCUCAUGGUAAUAAUAUAAAUGAUGAUGAGCAAAGACAGAAGUUUAUAAACCCAAGUGGGUUCACAAACAACAGCUUCUGUUCCUUCCCUUGAUCAAAUAACACAACACAACACUGCUUGUGAGUUGAUGAUCUUUUCUCCUCGAUUUCCACGGAGGGAUCAACGCUACAUACAAAGCAGAUUUACAAAAAAAAACAGAGACUGUAAUUAUUUGUUGCUUCUCUUUGUAGUUUAAUUUAUUAUUAGAAAGAGCUCCUUGUUUUCAAAUCUUCAUCCUCUAUGCAAUGGGAGAUUCAUCAUCAUCAUCAUCAUCAUCAUCAUCAUCAUCAUCAUCAUCAUCGUCAUCAUCAUCAUCAUCUUCAUCGAAAGCAAUAUGGAAAUUUCCAUGGAGGAUUUUGUUUUUGGAAUGAAGGAGCAGAAGCAAUUUCCAUGGAGGAAAGAGAAUAGACAUAAAGAGGAGGAGAGAUAUUUGCCCUAAUGGUGUUUUUAUUUUCCAUUUUAUUUAUUCUGUGUUAUUAGUAGAUCCUUUGACUUUUUACCGCUUGUGUGAUUUCUUGCACAAAUUCCCGUGACCUUCCUUUUUUUUUCAUGUAAACAUAUGGAUGUACUUAUAUCAUAAUACAUAUAUAUAUAUACACA